ACGUGGGCGGUUCCACCGUGUGUGUGUGUGUGUCCGUGUGUGUGUGUGUGUGUGCGUGUGUGUGUGCGUGCGUGCGUGCGUGCGUGUGUGUGUGUGGCUCCCAGGCUCCGUGGGAAAGCUCCGGCAGAGCAGGAGGAGGACGCACCGGUCACCAGUCCAGUCUGCAGCCGACACACGGGCCACCUGUCACGGACUACUUACCGGACACACACCGCUGGAAAAACAACUCCUGGAAGCUCCGCAGGAAAUCUUGUUUUUGACACUGAAUAUUUCAGUUUAGAGAGCAAACACAGUUCGACAGGAAGGUUUGCACCAUGUUCAACACUUUCCUCGUCUGCUGAUGUCGGAAAGUUUUUUGUUUGCACAUUUUUUUGGGAGGGAUCAUUAAUAUCAUAAUUAUGCAGAAGGAAACUAACGUGAAACGUCUUCAUCACCUCCUGGAUUAAACAAACCGAACAUCUAAACAUCAGUGUUCCUUUAUAAAAGUCUAUAUCAAUACUUCACAGUAAUUCCCUCCUAUAGUGGUAUCAUUCCUUCAUUUAUUCUCUGAAACAAACCAUCAGAAUAAAGAAAGGUGUUUCUUUUAUGUUCAGAGCGGAAGAAACUUUUGUUUUUAAACUUAAAUAAAGCUCCAGACCUGCACGUCUCCUCCCGGGAGAGACGCACAGCGCUCCCCGCCGUCCAUGCACCAUGAAGCGGCCGUGUGAGGACAGCAGCUCGGAGGACAGUGACGUGGAGGAAACCAUCGAUGUGGGCAGUGAGAGCAUUUCUCCAGGGCACAUGAAGGCGUCUUUAAUGAGAUGCGGAUCACCGACCGCGACCACGCAAGUGACUGCGAGGAAAAAACGCAGAGGGAUUAUCGAGAAGCGACGCAGAGACAGAAUCAACAACAGUCUGUCGGAGUUACGGAGGCUCGUCCCCACCGCCUUCGAGAAGCAGGGUUCAGCUAAACUGGAGAAGGCAGAGAUUCUUCAGAUGACUGUGGACCAUCUGAAGGUGCUGCAGGCGACCGGAGGGAAAGGUUAUUUCGACGCCCACGCUCUGGCUCUGGACUUCCUGUCUCUGGGUUUCAGGGAGUGCGUGACGGAGGUUUCCCGCUACCUGAGCGCCGCGGAGGGCCUGGACUCCAGCGACCCUCUGCGCUCCCGCCUGCUCUCCCACCUCGCCUCCUGCUCCUCGCAGCGUGACGCCGCCGCCAUCACCGUGACCUCCCAUUCGUCACAUCUCCACCACCACCAGCAGCCUCACCCUCUACCUCACCCCUUCCACCCACACCACUGGGCGGCGGCAGCCUUUCGGCCUCUGCCGGCCACCGCGCCGCCGUACGGACUGAGUCUGUCUGUUUCUACAGAUGCUGGAGGAGGUGGAGCCCCCCAGAGGCUGGCGGAGUUGUCACAACGCAGCGUGGCCUCCUCCUUCUCCUGCCACGCAGACUCCUCCUCCUCUCCUUCCUCCUCCUCCUCUUCUUCGUCUCUCAUGCUCCCCUGCACCCCCACUCACCUGCACUCCCUCUCACUCUCGGCGUCAUUUCCCAUCACCCUCCACAGGGGUUUCCCCAUCCUCCCUCCCUCCUCCUUCACCUCCGCCACCACCAGUCCUCCCAUCUCCUCCUCCUCCUCCUCUUCCUCCCAGACUCCUCACAGCAGCAGUAAACCCUACAGACCGUGGGGAACUGAGGUCGGAGCUUUCUGACGCUUUUAACAGCCUGGAAAACACUUUUUUUCACCAGUGAACAAACUUAUAAACCAAGUUUUUAGCGACGCAAACUAGUUCUGCUAACAUGUGACGUGUUUCUUUACUGAUUUCACACAUUCACCACGAAAACCUUUUUCAUUUGUUGCCUUUUCUUCUUUCUGUCCAGAUUUACUGAACAGUUUUAACAUGUUUUAAAAGUUCAGCUGAAGUUUUGUUCCCGGAUUCUUCUUUAAGCAAAGCUUAAAUCCAUGUCCACAUCAAAAUGAGCAGAUUUAUUAUUGUUUAACCUUCAUAACCUGGUGAUAUUCUGCAUUCUUCUUAAUGUCAACGAAUCCCAUGAAAGACCAAAAACAAUACUGACAGCCGGAUGUCUUCGUCCUCUUAUUGUCCCAAAACUGUAAAAACUCAUCACUGCUGCACUGACGUGUUCCCUCAUCCCCAUGAACACACACUGUCGUUUAUUUAGACUCAAUCACACACACACACACACACACACACACACACACACACACACACACACACACACACACACACACACACACACACGCACACACACACACACACACACACACACACACCGUCCUGCUGCAUCAAAUACAGCAUGUGUGGAUUCAUCCGCCGCUGAAAGUAGUCCCCAACACCUGAGCUCAAGCAGCAGCAAACAGGAUGAACUUCUUGGUUCCUCUGUACGUCUGCAGAAACACUUCCAAUGUUAGAAAACUAACAAUGACCGUUGUGGUUUCUGCCGCAUUGUAUGAUGGGAUAUGUAUGCCGUGUUUGCAUACUUCAAUAUUUUACCGUAAAUAGUAAGCAAUUAUCUUACUUUUGGUUAUAGACGAAGGUUUCAGACUAAAAGAAAUGGAACUUCGGACGCAACCCAAAUAUUUACGUCUUCAGUAGGAACCAAUGGGCUGCGAGCUGAGAACCACAGACAGGAAGUCAGAAUGUGUUGAGCGUCGGACACUUUUGAGUCUUUUCACGGGAUUUUUUCACGAUAACAAAAGUUUUACAUCAGAGUCAAACCUUCAAACCUUCAGACCUUCAGACUUUCAGACUUUCAGACCUUUAGACCUUCAGACCUUUAGACCUUCAGACCUUUAGACCUUUAGACCUUUAGACCUACAGACCUUCAGACCUUCAGACCUUUAGACCUUCAGACCUUUAGACCUUUAGACCUUCAGACCUUUAGACCUUCAGAUAUUCAAACCUUCAAACCUUCAGACCUUUAGACCUUCAGAUAUUCAAACCUUCAAACCUUCAGACCUUUAGACCUUCAGACCUUUAGACCUUUAGACCUACAGACCUUCAGACCUUCAGACCUUUAGACCUUCAGACCUUUAGACCUUUAGACCUUCAGACCUUUAGACCUUCAGAUAUUCAAACCUUCAAACCUUCAGACCUUUAGACCUUCAGAUAUUCAAACCUUCAGACCUUUAGACCUUCAGAUAUUCAAACCUUCAGACCUUCAGACAAAAGCCGAUGAACCAAAGUUCACCUCUGAGAUAAUCCGAUGUUAUAUUUGAAUUGUUCCAGUCCCGCCUCAGACAGCUGUUCGUUCUCUCUGGUGCAGGCUGGGAUGAAGAUUAACACAAUAACAUGACUUUGAUUGUAAUGUACUUCAGUAACUGUGUGUCUACUUUCUCCCUGUGUGCCUUUCUACAAAUAAAGAUGGCGUAACAACACCGCUGCUGUCAUGGAA